AUGGCCACCGCGGGUCCUCCUCGAGAGCCCCUCGUGGCUAUCUUUGGUACGACCGGCACGGGAAAAUCAGACCUUGCCGUAGACUUGGCGCGCCGGUUUAACGGCGAAAUCAUCAAUGCCGAUGCCAUGCAGAUGUACAAGGGCCUGCCAGUCAUCACGAACCAGCUUCCUGUGGAAGAGCGUCGGGGCGUUCCGCAUCAUCUGCUGGCAACGAUCGAUCCCCGUGAGCCGACCUGGGACGCCGAUAUCUUUGCGCGCGAGGCCGCCAGGCUUAUUUGCGAGAUCCGAAGCAGAGGAAAGCUCCCCAUCGUGGUCGGAGGAACUCAUUACUACAUCCAUGCUCUGCUUUUUGAGGACAGCAUUCUCGGCUCGCUGUACGAGGAAGAGGCCUCGCCAGCACAACCCGACGAAGAGCACCUAACACAGUUUUCUAUCCUAAACGCACCUACAGAUCUAAUGCUGAAACGCCUUCGAGAGGUGGAUCCUGCCAUGGCGGAUCGAUGGCACCCCGGAGAUCGACGCAAGAUCAGGCGAUCUCUGCAGAUAUUCCUCUCUACCGGCAAACGAGCGUCAGAUAUAUACGCCGAGCAGAAGCAGGCCAGAGCCGCACCGGAUCCGGAGAAAGACCCCUGGCAGGCACUAAUGUUCUGGGUGCAUACGGACCCCGAAGUGUUACAGUCGCGUCUCGAUAAGAGAGUGGACAAGAUGAUCGAGAGAGGACUCAUAGCCGAGGUGAGAGCCCUGCAUAACAGUCGGAAAGCUCGAUCCGAGCAAGGCGAGGUCGUCAACCUUACCCGAGGGAUCUGGCAGUCCAUCGGGUAUAGACAGAUGGAGCCUUUCCUCGACUCCGAAGAGGACGGUGCGAGUCCAGAGGAGAGGACCCGACGGAAAGAAGCCGGACUUGAAAGAAUCAGGACCGGGACACGACAAUACGCAAGACAUCAGCUGCGAUGGAUCCGACACAAGACCAUCAACAUGCUCCGAGAUCACGAUGCAUUGGACUAUCUAUUUCUACUAAACAGCUCCAAUGUCGACAGCUUCUCGGCUGACGUACUCGAGCCAGCGGCGCGGCUCUUGCGAACAUUUCUCAGUGGGCAACCCUUACCUGACCCAGCCGAAGUGUCCAGUAGAGCCGGCGAGGUCCUAGCGGCCUUCAGGGCGAGUAGCAGCCCCGAACAGCUUACGUUGAAGGUUGAGACAUGCAAUACGUGUGGAGUUUCUGUCAGCUCGGCAGAUCAGUGGCAGAAGCAUUUGAAGGGGCGAAGACACCAACGGGGCAUCCGCAAAACAAAGAGAACGUCGCUGAUCCCUCUGGCCCCCAGGCAUACGUCUCUUGAGUUGUAUUCGGCGGUGUCUUUCCCUCCAGACGGCUCCCCCGACACCGACCGAUAG